CUAUGUCGUACCCGUGGCGGGUAGGGUGCGAAGCGUCCUUUACGUAACAGCAUCGCCGACGCGCCGUGGUGAUUCCAAAGUGGUACCCAUGCGACGCUCCGCGCGUCAGCUGGUGAUCGGGAAGAUACUUCGUGAGUACCAUCCUUCAGUUCCAAAUCUACAAGGCGUUAUGCAUGGCAGCAGGGCAGUAUUCCCCAGCAGAUCUCACGAAGCCUCUACAUGAGUGUGACAUAUACAGGAGUAAAGAAGCUGGAAGA